AUGAGUUUAGCUGGAGUAUUAGAGAUUACAGAAUUAAACAAAACCAAGGUAAAUACAUCUAUUGACAUCACCCACAAUGAAGACUUUGUUGAAAUCCCCAUUUAUGUUCAACAGGUCCUAACUUUAGGCAGGGAUCAAUCGUGUGAUGUCCAACUCAAUAAUUAUGUCAUAUCCCUGAUCCAUGCCACCAUUUGGUCAAUCCAAUUCGAUAAUGACUCCAUUCUGCUAGUUUACAUGCAUGACAAUUCCCGAAAUGGAAUCAUUCAUAAUGGUGUGGAAAUAAGCAAAGGAAUGACUGUGAUUUUACAAGAUGGAGACACAAUUGAAUUCAAAUUGGCUGCCAAAUUUCAAUACAAGUCUUUUCAGUUGGAAUCUUGUUAUCUGCUUGAAUUAGGCUGUUUUGAUGAUUGGAAAGUGACCAAUAAUUUGAUUGGAUCGGGAUCAUUUGGUUCUGUAUAUGUCGCCAACAGACAACAUGAUAGGAGAUUAUAUGCUGUUAAGAUUAUACCUACCCAACCAUCAUAUAUACCUGAUAAACUUAUAAAGCAGGAAUCAACAUUGUUGUUAAAUAUCAAUCAUGUACUACACGAUGCCAUAACCUAUGACUCCAAUAUAUAUAUCUUUGAAGAUUUAAUUUGUGGAGGGGACUUAUUCUCAUACUUGAGAACAGGAAAGUACCUUCGAGCUCUUCCCGAACAAGAAACAAUUUCCAUAGUGUAUCAGCUACUAAAAGCUAUCUCCUACUUACAUAAAGAACUACAAAUUGUCCAUCGAGACUUAAAGUUAGACAAUAUUCUCCUCGAAAUCCCUGUACCACGCACCAGGAUAUAUUUAUGCGAUUUUGGAAUUGCCAAAUGUUUAUCAAACUGUAAACAACAAAAGACAGAUACUUGUGUAGGCACAAUUGAAUAUAGUGCUCCGGAAGUGUUCCAGGAAGAGCGAGAAUACAGUUUCAAGUGUGAUUUGUGGUCAUUGGGUGUCAUUUGCCAUAUAUUACUUUCAGGGAUUUCGCCAUUCUAUGGGAAUGGAGAAAAAGAGUUCAUGAUUACUGCUGCACGAACUGGGCGAGUUAAUUUAAAUCGACACCAGUUUAGGAAUUCAAGUUCCAUGUGUAAAAGUUUCAUACAGAGGCUACUAAAAGUAGACCCUGAUGAGCGCAUGAGCAUUGACGAUUGUUUUAAUCACGAGUGGAUUAGAAUCAAUCAAACAAAUUUAGAAAAGUUUUAUCAGAAAAGAAUUGCUAAAAAUUUAGAUACAAAAAGGUCAGACCAAAAAAAAAAUCGAGCUUCUGAACUAAACAUCCCAUAA